AGUAUAUCCCAGGGCUUAAUUUACAUGGACUACGUUAACGACUUUAUAACCGAGAAAUUCGAUCGACGCUCAACCGUCGCGUUUCCAGGAAUGGAGGGUAAGUACGUGGCAAAGGGCCAGUUCUCGGGGAAAGCGAUUGGUGUGCUUAGCAGUGGAGGUGAUGCCCAAGGCAUGAACUCUGCCAUCCGUGCGGUUGUCCGAAUGGGUCUUUACUGCGGUUGUCGAGUUUUCUUUAUUAAAGAGGGUUACCAGGGUCUCGUUGAUGGCAAAGACAACAUUGUAGAAGCAUCGUGGGCUGAUGUCUCUGGAAUUGUGCAGCUGGGAGGCACGGUGAUAGGGUCAGCACGUUGCAUGGAAUUCCGUGAGAAGGCCGGUCGCGAGAAAGCCGCCUUGAACCUCGUCAAAAACGGCAUCCACAAUCUCGUUGUCAUUGGCGGUGACGGCUCACUAACCGGUGCUAACCAGUUCCGAGUUGAGUGGAACAGUCUCCUGUCUUCGCUAGUGGAUAAACAACUCAUUACACCCGAGCAGCACACGAAGCACGAGCAUCUCAACAUUGUUGGCAUUGUUGGUAGCAUUGACAACGACUUUUGCGGGACUGACAUGACCAUCGGCGCUGAUACUGCCCUUCAUCGGGUGAUUGAGGCUGCCGACGCCAUUACGACCACCGCCUCGUCGCAUCAGCGCUGCUUCAUUCUGGAGGUGAUGGGUCGCAACUGCGGCUACCUCGCCCUUCAGUCUGCUCUCGCCUCGGAAGCCGAUUGGGUGUUCAUCCCUGAGGUCCCGCCCGACGACAAUUGGCCCCAGAACCUCUGUUCCAAGGUCAAGAGGAAUCGCGAGCGAGGUCAGCGCGUCAGCAUAAUAAUGGUAGCAGAGGGCGCAGCCGACCGCCAAAACCAGCCAAUCACGUGCGAGGCAGUGAAGAAGCUGAUGGUGACAGAGCUGGGCUUGGACACGCGUAUCACUGUGCUGGGUCAUGUGCAGCGUGGCGGUCGACCGUCGGCCUUCGACCGCGUCCUCGGCAUUCGCAUGGGCGCGGAGGCUGUUCUCGCCCUCAUGGACGCCGACAAGGAUCCCGAUAUGCCGGCCUGCGUGAUCACGCUCGUGGGCAACCAGACUGUGCGUCUGCCGCUGAUGCACUGCGUCGAAAAGACUCGUUCAGUGGCAGCCGCCAUCGCAAACCAGGACUUUGAACAGGCGGUGUACCUCCGUGGACGUGCUAGCAGGCCCACAACCCUAACGUGUGCGCUUUGUGGUGUUCAGGCGAAGCUGCGCGUCGGCGUGGUGAACGUGGGUGCCCCGGCAGGCGGGGUGAACGCGGCGAUGCGCAGUUUCACGCGUCUCGCCAUCACCAAGGGCUACCGUGUGAUGGGCAUUCUCGAGGGCUUCCGGGGUCUGGUGAACGGCGAGGUGCGCGACAUCCGCUGGGACGACGUCAGGGGCUGGGUCGCUCAGGGCGGCUCCAACCUCGGAACUCGACGUCCGACCCCCAGGGAAGUUGGCAUGGAGAAUGUGGCGGCGAAGCUGAGGGAAUACAAAAUCAGUGGGCUUCUUGUGAUUGGGGGCUUUGAGGCCUUCGAGUGCAUGCUCGAACUGGUGGAGGGACGCAGCCAGUUCAAGGAGCUCUGCAUCCCGAUGCUCAUGAUCCCCGCCACCAUCAGCAACAACGUGCCUGGAACCGACUUCUCCCUGGGCGCUGACACCGCUCUCAACGAGAUCACCCUCGCCAUCGACAAGAUUAAGCAAAGCGCCACUGGUACGAAACGGCGUGUCUUUGUCGUAGAGACGAUGGGCGGCUUCUGCGGUUACCUAGCAACCCUAGGGGCUGUGGCAGGAGGUGCUGACGCCGCCUACAUCCACGAGGAGUCCUUCGGCAUCGACGACCUGCGAGAGGAUGUCAUCCACCUGCGCGCCAAGAUGGCCUCGAACGUCCAGCGUGGUCUUGUUCUGCGAGCCGAGUCCGCCAACAAGAACUACACCACCGACUUCAUCCACAAACUGUACACGGAGGAGGGACAGGGCAUUUUCGAUUGUCGAAUGUCAGUGCUGGGACACAUUCAACAGGGCGGAGAGCCAUCACCGUUUGACCGCAUUCUCGGCAUCAAGUUGGGAUGUCUGGCGAUUGAGUGGUUGGACAACCAAAUGAACACCUACCUCACUGCCGAAGACACCGUGGUCACAACGGACGAGGAUACGUGUGUUCUCCUGGGCUUGGUACGGCGGUCCUACGAGUACACGCGCGUCGGCGAGCUGAGGAAGGCCACUGACUUCAAGCACCGCGUGCCGCGCGACAACUGGUGGAUGAAUUUGCGUCCGCUGAUGCGCAUCAUGGCGAAACACGAGAGCCUCUAUGAGUCAGAGAGCAUCAUGCUGGGCGCAGACCGCAUCUAG